AUGAUCAGUUUCGACGAGGCAUCUUCAGUUGAAAGUUUAACAGGCAAAUUGGUUGUUUCUGAUGAACUCUCAUUGCUUAUUGAGAACAAUACAAAUGUGAAAGACCUAGAUACGAAACAAAUAGAUCAGUUAAUAAGUUUAACAAAUUCAUGGAUGGAAUCAUUACAGAAAGAAAUUAAUUUUGUCGAAGACAUAAUGGGAGGAAAAAUUCAAUACGCGUCCGCAAUUAAAGAAUACGGUUUUUGGAAAAAACGUUAUAAUAACUUCAAAGAGAUAUUGGAACAACUGUUGACCGACAAAAUAGUGCUAAAAUGCAUAAAUAUUUUGGAACAAAUUGUUAACAGCCAAAUUGUUUCAUAUACGUUGAUGAGAUUUAAUGAAUUAAAAAACGACUUUCAAAUAAUGUAUGAUACUACUGUUCGAAACACCAUGUAUUUCAUGGAAUUGAUUUACGAUGGAAUUGAUUCAAUCAUUAACGCACCGUUUUCAGUCAUCGUAGAAAACUUCAUACCACUGUACAACAAUUUAAAUCUAAUGUGGUUAACAUCAAGUUUGUUUAGCCGGAAAAAACACAUGGAACGUCUACUCGAAUCAAUUUCCAAUUCGAUUGCCGAUAGAGUUUCUAUAACUUUGAGUAUACCCGAGAUAUUUCGAUACAAAACAUCUAAUGCUAUAGACUUGGUCAAAGGUGGCUUGUACAUUUUGGACCAAUGGGAAGCGACAUAUAAUAAAUGUAAAAAGGAUAUUGAAGCGAUAUCCGCCAUUUAUUUUAGGCGAUGGGCUUGGGAGUUUGACGAGGACAUACUAUUCCAUCGAUUACAUUUUGUCCGUUUAAUUGUACGUGAUCUAGACAAAAUAAUGAAGAUUAUAGAACUGAUAUUAAUGAGGCCUGAAGUUAGUCAUAUUUUCAAAAAUGACUCGGAAUGUCAAAUAUUUAUUAAAAAUUACAUUACUCGUAUUUUUUUUGAUUUGGAAAUCAAUGUGUACGAUAGUAAUAGAGAAGAAAUUUGGAAAAAAAUAAUGGAUCAAUUUCUUUAUCAUUUUGAAAAUAACGUCUAUCAUAAAAUUAGCCAAUCAAUGAUGGUUUCAAACAGUGCAAUGAACGAUGUCAAAGUAUUGCAAUUUUUCGAGAACAUGAUGAUUCGGAGCACAUUAAUAAAGAAACUUCGACCAAAGUACGUGAUUAUUUUAGAAAAGUUCGUUGUAGAAAUUAACAAUUAUAAUACACAAUUCAUGGUGAGUUAA